GAGCCUCAGUCGUUCGCCAGAGGUCGGUCCGUACGUGUGAGUUUACUCGAUCCGUGGCACUCCCGUCGAUCGUCCAGGAUAACUGUAAAUCCGCGGGAAAGGAGAGAGGGGGAGGCCUUGGGACUUGGCCGAGAGGACAACCGAGGCCAACACUUCGCGAACACCGUGCAUCGUUGUUGACAAGUGACCGAGUACAGUGAUCGGCGAAGAAAUAAUCGCACCCAGAAACGGAUUGUUAGAAUUGGUCCACGAGGUGGACUUAACCGGUAAUGCGAGGACGCGUGACCCCCGCGCAGGGACCAUUGACACUCGACACGGACACUUGGGAUUCUGUAUCUUGCUACUGAAACAGUGAUUCCGUUCGUUAUCACGCGUUUUAGCACACGUAGCUCGCGGCUACUCGGCGAGAUCGGACAGUGAACGACGUCGCGGCAGGUAUACGCACGCAUCUCGAGGGACGAGUGGUUGUUGGUGCGGUGGAUGAUUAUCAGCCGUGGGAAUGGUGGCGUGAAACUAUUAUAGGGUGUAGUGACACACGUUAGCGCGCGCCAACGUAGGUCAAGAUGCCGAAGAUCUUCCUGAUCAAGAACCGGCUGCAUCAGCAGCAGCUCAGGCUGCUGGAAGCACAGCACCUUGGAAAGAGCCCGCCACCCUGCAGCGGCAAGGAGAGUCCACUUGGCAGCUCCGAGCCUCUCAGUCUUAUCGUGAAUAAGCAUCAAUAUCGCGAGAAAACAGAGGACGAUCGCGCGACAACGCCCGAAUCGUUGCGCAGCACGAGUCCAGCCUCUUCUCCGCCUCCCCAAUGGCAAUCGUCGACACCCGCCAGCGCACCCCCGCGGCGGUUCAUCUCGAGCAUCCUCGGCGGGGAUGUCCCAUACGGUAGCAGAGGUCACGUCCUGACCAGGGCGGAACGCAAGGAAUACAGCAGCCCUCCUAUCGCGCCCUCUUCGAGCGAUGCCUCCCAGUUUCUAACGAAAUCGGAGAAACUGGUGCUACCCAGACCGACCACCCCUCCAAAGACGCCACGAGUCGAGCCGCCGACCAGGGUCUCGGUCAUUCAGAGGGUCCCCUCGCAGAGCCAGUCAGCCUCCAGGAGGGAGGACAAGGUGGAGGUCACGCCGCAAACGCAGGAACCGGAACAGGACCAGCCAAUCGAUUACGCAGUGCCGAAGAGAAAGGAGGAGGACGAGGAGCGAGGCCGCGAGGGAGCAAAAGUCUCGCGCACGAUAGGCAACUCCAUCGCCAGGCCGUUGCUGGCCAUGAGACUCUCAGGUCCUCAGGUCGUGCACGCGGCCGCGGGCCACGGGAGGUCCUCGAGUUCCGGCGGAAACGGUGGCACGGGUUCUGGCGGCGGAUCCAACAGCUCCGCUGGUUCGUCGUCCUCGAAUUCUGGCGGAAGUGGUGGUUACUGCAGCGGAGGAGGCGCGGUGACAGGAGGAAGCGGAGGCGGCGGCGCCGUGGGGGGUGGCGCCGGCGGCGGAGGUAUGAAUCCUGGAGGGAACGGUGGCCGUGGAAACUACGGGCCCAGUUCGCCCCCCACAGGAUCCCUGCCGCCCUUCUACGAGUCCCUCAAGGGCGGGAACAACCUCGCCAACUUCGCCAAUCAGUACAACAGCACCCAAGGAAAUGGCUAUCUAACGCCGUCACCGACGGUGGGCAUGGAAUGCGACACAGGCCAGCAGGAUGUAAAUUCCCAGCACUCGCAGUACAACGCCCAGGAGGGCAAGCAGUACUCCCUUCUUCAGAACGUCUGCGCGUCCUACGGACUGACCCUGAAGGAGGAGGAGGACCUGUGUCCUUACAAGAUCCAACCUAACGAUCUAUUGUCUGGUCAAUACGGUGCCUACGACAUGACGGACACAGGAAUGAUGGUGGACAUGGUCACAGGGGCGGUGGUGGACCCGCUUCAGUUUACUGCUACCCUGACCUUCAGCUCACCCUCGGAUCACACGGCGUUGCUGGAGAGCCUCAGCGACGCCGCAGACCUCUUUCUACCGAGGUUACCAGCAGAGGAUGGCGGUAACGACCUGCUGGAGGAAUCGUUACGCUCGACAACCUCGUCCGGCAGCGGAAUCGGAAGGGAUGGCGGCCAAAUGACCACUCCCGUCGAGCCCAGCGUCGAUCCUUUCCCGGAGCACAGCAUGGCCUUGACCAGGGGAUUCGAUACGUCGAGACACUACACGGCAGCUCCCCAGCACUUCAACGCCUCGAAAUUGGGGCUGACCUACACGACAGGCGAGUCGAGCUACCAUCAGUCGGUUUCCAAGGAACGACCAGAGCUCGCGCUUCACAUGAACCAAAACCAUCAACACCAGUCCGAACCGCAGUUGCAGCAGCUGCAGAUACAAGUGCAGCUGCAGCAACACCAGCAGCAACAGCAGCAACAGACUGCUGCGGCCUCACCUCAUCACCAGCAGCAUCAAGGGCUGCUGAGUCCAGGAUUAAGUUUCACUGGCAGUGGCCUGGAGCUGGAUUCUGGUAGCAGCGUAGGCGGAAGUCUGCCGAGUCCUGGAGCGGCGAGCUGUUCGCUGGACGCAACUUCGACCAGCACGUCGCCUUCCUGCGCCUUGAUGGAACACGCACCGAGCCCAUCAGCAGCAGCCGCAUCGGUAAAUAACGUGCAAGCUACCGGACCCGUCGGAGAGCCACCACUGACGCAACGGGUCGGUGUACUACAGCAAAGGCUUGGACUGCCAGGUGACUGUCAGCUCGAGUUCGUUAACGGUGGCCAUGGAAUUAAAAAUCCCUUGGCGAUCGAGGGUCAGAGACAGGCGGCGGCCACUCGCGAGGAAGAGAGGGCAGCUCGACCUCCGCCUGGCAAGGACGACGACCCCAACCGCUUCACCUGUCGCGUCUGCAGCAAGAACUUCAGUCUGCAACGGCUUCUGAACCGCCACAUGAAAUGCCACAGCGACGUGAAACGUUACCUGUGCACGUUCUGCGGCAAAGGCUUCAACGACACGUUCGACUUGAAGAGGCACACCAGGACGCACACAGGCGUUCGACCCUACAAGUGCAACCUCUGCGAGAAGAGCUUCACGCAGAGAUGCUCUCUGGAGAGUCACUGCCUCAAAGUCCACGGUGUUCAGCAUCAGUACGCGUACAAGGAGCGACGCACAAAGGUUUACGUAUGCGAAGAGUGCGGUCACACGACACAGGAGCCAGAGGUGCAUUACCUUCACCUGAAAGACAAGCAUCCGUACAGCCCAGCGUUGCUCAAGUUCUACGACAAGCGACACUUCAAGUUCACCAACAGCAAUUUCGCCAACAUGUUGCUCCAGGGUGGCCUGUUGCAACGGGACUCGCGGAAUACGGACAGCUGCGUUAAGUCUGCGUCGAAAAGCCUCGAAGCACCCCAUCAACGAGCCACGACGUUGUUGCGUUUGGGCCGAGCAUCCAGCUUCUGAGACGCGGGGAUGGCGAAGAAGACGGAAGAAGAGGAAAGGACGCGAGAAGAUGGAGGAAGAGGCUGCUGAUGGCGACCAUGAGUUUGGCCACUCGACCUGAACGCCAUCGAACCCGAAGUAAACACGUCGCGCGAAAAGUACCUGCAGGUGACGCUGCCCAUUAGCGGUGACGCACAGAGAAGGCAUCGUGGGGCCGAUGACGAUCGGAUUUAAUCGAGAAAUCGAGCGGAAAUUCGAGAUAGCCACGUGAUCGCGGGGCUAUCCCGCGAUCUCGAUAAAUAAAGUAACACUCGUUCGCACGGUGUUCCGCUGGAUCGAGUACGCGAUCCUUUUGCGCCUGGAAUUUUUUUUCCAAUUGUAGGUAUAUGUAUGUAUAUUUUACCUGUACAUGUAUAGACGCUAUGCUAUCUAGGUUAAUUACGGAACGAGACUAACGAGGUAUCCGCGCGACCCUAGGUGGUUAGAACUUUGAACACGUUUAGCGUCCAUUUUGUGUGAUGCACCGCCCGAUAUAGGUACGUUGAACAGAAUUUCGAGGAGUAAUUGUGUUAGUAAUUUUGAGCAGAGCCCUGAGUUACUUUCUUAAAUGUUUGCAGUUAGUCUUGCAAUGUUGCCCGUUACAAUUCUCCUUCCAUCGUUUGAAUAACCGCGUCGGUUACUUCAGAGGAUGCGCAAUGGAAGCUGUUCCUUCGAGUCGCUUCUAUUUUGUUUGGGUGAGAAGUUUACUUUGUACUACCUGACAAUAGUACAAAAAUAAGUCCAGCAACGUGUGCCAACUUUCAAGACUAAUUAAUAUAGAAACAUUUAUCAAGGAAUAACUAAGAGAAAUCUAAUAAUCAACUUCAUCGAUCUGGAGCUGCAACAGUAUCACUACAUUCGAGUACAAAAUUCUGAACACGAUCUCUCACGGAAUUUUGUGCAACGCAUCUCUAACUCUCGGUGCACCUCGAUACACGGUGUAGGGAAUAGAGAAAGAACGAUCAUCCCUCGAAGGAACUCUACGCAUCUCUUCGAUAGCUACUGAUCAUUCUUUCCUCUUCGAGUACAUACCUUAACGUGUGCCAAACUUUGUACAGCUGUAGAAAAAUGCAGAACGUCGCGGGGUUCCCUCGUAUAGUCACGGAUCCACCCGAAGACUCGGAUUGAACGUUUCAGGAAUGAUAAACCAAGGUUUUCUUUGAACGAUGAUUUCUUUUCGAGCGAUGCACGGCAAGUUACGUUACUGUCCGACUCGCAGGGUGGAAAAACGACGCGAUGAACGUCAGGCGUCCAAGUUUGGCGACGUCGAGUGUCACGCGAAUUCACUCCACCUGGAGACAACGAUACGCCAUCGGUAGGAAACGUGUCGUGUCUCGAGGUGAUCGUAGGUUUCUUUUUUCUCAACCGUUUGCGUUCCUCGUUGACUGACGCGUUCGGGGAAUCACGUUGACGAAAAGGAUUCUUCUUUCGUUUUAAUUGAUAGAACGCCUAUCGGUAUGCACCUUGGGAAAUCUGUGAUAUGAUAAUACACGAUUUUACUCGCUCCUUCGUGCACGUAGAUUUCGCUUUUUUUUUUGCACACGUUGAUUCUUUCAUGGGGUACGCACCGACAUGGUGGAGCGAGAGAUUACACGACACACAAUCACACACGAUACUUCCACACGGCGCCUUCCUGUAUAUCGGAGAAUAUCCUACAUACGAUAUCCCUUGAAAGUUUGGGGGUAAAUUAGUCGCUCGACUCUUGGCCCUGGCCAUAACCACUCCAAAGUGUAAAGGAAUAUUCUCUAUUCUUCAGGAGUCGAAAAUAGGUAAACACUUGUAACAUAUUUAUUUUCUAGAAACUAAAACGUAUCGUAAUAUCUUUGCGAUGUCUCUGCUUACCUAUCCAUUCAUUUGUACUAAUUGUGGUCGAUUGUUCGUCUAGGUACUCCGACUUUCGAGGGAUAGCGUAUGUCUAUCGGAAGUGAACAUCCAAUUAACUUCAAACCUAAUACAAAUCAUUUUUCUAGAACAGUCUUGGUAUCUACAGAGCCGUGCACUAAUGUACACACAGACACAAUGGGGUUUCGUGCAAUUCUACGGUGGUAGGACAUAUUUUUAGUAGGACGUGAGGUGGGCCACAUGCAGGAAAUCGGUUCGACUAUGUCGCGAAACGGAAGCAGUCGAGUUUAAGCAAAAAUCCGGUUAUACCAGAGAUGGACAAAAUUUCAUUCGAAUAACAAUAACGAGUGAAACCAACGCGCAGUGAUUUAUUCGUGACGAUUAUUCGACCAAACUUUUAUGCGUUGAUUUCGCGAAAUAUAUCGUUUUAUGAUCGAAACUUUAUUUUUUUAUUCUACGAGUAACGAAUACGAAAGUUUACCUUUUAUUCGGAAUUUUGUCCAUCCGUAGCGACAGAGUGGAAGCAAAUCGAAUUAAAGUCCACGAAACGGGUAUCUAUGCAUGUUGGGGCGAAUUGGGUGCUACGUAAACGUAAAGUGUAAGAUGGUAAGUGUUUGAUAAUCGCGCAUUUUUUUUAAUUAAAAAUCGUUAGUCGAUAAUGGAUGAAUAAUCGAGUCUCGAGGAUAAUCUGAGAAUCAGCGGUGGGACCAAUCGUAAGACGCGUUUAUCAUAAAAGUCAUACGUCGUAUCAUAAAAGAUAAACAAGUUUCGUAGGAUCCACCCAGAUAAGAAAAAUACGCCGGGCACUUGUCAGUCUGAAUUCCCUUUACACAUUCUACGUGCGACAUCGAAUUGGUCCCACUGCUUCCUUUCUAAGAAUCCUUGGAAUCGUCCGCAUCGUUGCUACUCGUAGGAAGAAAUCUUGUGGUAUUUGGGAAACCUUUGGUCUUUAGUAACACUUGGAACUCUUAGUAAUGGUAUAGUCCAAGUGAACCUGCGCAAGGUUUCCGCGAGGGUACGCCUGACGAAGGUUCGAUAACGCGCCGAAUGGAAAUAAAAUGUAUAUUUUAGAGCCGCCGUGCACUUCCUCGGAAAACGUCGAACUUUUAGUAAGCUCGUGACCGAUGUAAAUAGUAUUCACGUAGUUAGGUAUAGCGAUAGUUGGGAGUAUCGUCCCCUACGAGUUUCGAUACGAUGAAUAAAAACGUUUGUCCGUCGAAUAUUGGGUGAACUAUUGUACAUAGUAAAUGUUUAGCUGGGUUGCACGAGAUAAAACAGAGUCUUAAUCGGAAGUUAUGUCGGUACCUUGUGUUCCCUUUUUCUUUUCUUUUCUUUUUUUUUUUUUAUAUCAAUAAUGUAUAUCGAAUUUGUAUAGUGAAUCGCGCGAGGUCGGCGAACUUGAUCUUCGCGCAUUUCACUUGACAAUACUCAAGGACAAUGGUACUUCUCGUCGCAAUCUGUUUAUCGUCACGGAUAACAUUUUAUUGCUAAUAUUAUUAUAUAUAUAUAUAUAUAUUAUUAUGAUGAUUUCUAUCAUGAUUUUAUUUAAUUUACGUCCAGUAUUGUCUGAAACAGUAGUACUUAGAUAUUUUUAUGGUCAUGAAUGAUAUCGAAACCCACAUUUAUACCUGCUAUCGUUUACAUCAAUAUUCACGAACCAGCUAUUCCAUCUUGACGCUAUCAGUCGCCAAGACUUCUUUAUCACCCAACCUAGUACUAUUGCAAUUAUUAAUAUUAUAUUAUUAUUGAUAUCGUUAUCGCUGCUCGAUUAAUAAUUCUGGUUAUUGACUUUAUUAUUAAUAUAUAAAUAUAUAUAUAAUAUAUAUAUAUAAAUAUAUAUGUAUAUCGUCGUUACUUCCUCGUCUGCAGAAACGAUAAAUUUUUUCUCUUUGUUGCGUGGAAGCAGCUGGUGAAAUGCAUCGAACACGUUAGAUCCUUUUCUUUACGAAUGAUUAAUGCAAGUGUGUAUGCAUGUGUGUGAUCGUAUGCGUGAGAAGAGCAACGUGUCUCGCACGACUGUUCAAUAUACUGUGUAUAUCAUACCUUUUUGGGAGACUUAAACAAAUUCGAGCAAUCGUCCGAAUGUCGCUCCAGCUCUUAACCCGAUCGCCGUAACGAAACGCGGAUAGGCGCUAUCUGUGUAUGUAGAAAUGGAAAAGAUAAUAAAAUUGAUAUUACGUGUA